AUGCUGGAAGGAAAAGCUGUGGUGCGAGAAACAGAUAUGCCACAUGCCAUGCAAAGCCAUGCCAUGGAGUUGGCUUACAAGGCUCUUGAUCUCCAUGAAGUUUCUGACUGUAGAUCCAUUGCUCACCAUAUCAAACAGAAGUUUGAUGAAGCUUAUGGCUCUGCCUGGCACUGUGUGGUUGGCAAAAACUUUGGAUCUUGCAUCACACAUUUGUGUGGGACUUUCAUUUUCUUCCAUGUGGAGAUGAUGGAGUUUCUCAUAUUCAAGGAUGGCGAAGACUCUACUGAAAGCAGGGAAGAAGCUAUUGGUGUGCUGCAGAUGGAAAGCCAAGACAGUGAUGAUGCAUAAGACAAUUUAUCGAAUAUUUGCCAGCAAGAGAAGUUGGAACUUGGCAAAUGCUAGGGGUGUUCAAUCUUAGAAGGAAAGUAAAUUUUAUUAAAUUAGGGUGACAUAAAUCCAA